AUGGGAGAAGAUUCUUUUUCAUUUUUACUUCUAAAACUGCCUUUAUACCCCAAAAACAUCAAAGAAAUGAAAAUUUGUCGUUUUUGGUUAGAAAAAUUAUUUUUGUGUUCCUUUGAAAAUGCCGAAUUUAAUUGUGUUAUAUUUAAUCCAAAAUUAAUUGAAUUAUUAUUUUUUAAAAAAGAAGAAAAAAAUUUAAAUAAUCUCCUAAAUAUCAACAAAGCUCUAAUUUGCUAUUCCAAUCCAAAUUACGAAAAUGAGGCUUUAAAUUUUAUUUUAAAUAAUUUGUCAAUUAAUGAAUUUUUAAAAAUUGAAUUUGACGGAACAAACAAUUUUGCUCAAUAUAAAGAAAUUAUUUUAAAUUUAAUUUUAAAUGAAGGAAGGAAAUUUAAUAGGAUUUUGAUCAAUGGAUUUAAAACAACACAGAAAAAAUUAUUUUUUGGUACUUCUUUUUUGGAACCAAUGUUUUCUGGGGCUCCUCAAAAUUCUUCUAUUGAUUCGGAAAUUUUUGAUUUAAUAAUUAGGGUAAGUAAAUUAAAUUGA